AUGGCCCCGGGCGCGCGCAUUGCCGUCUACAAAGCGUGCUGGGACGAAGGGUGCGCGAGCUCUGACAUCCUCGCCGCAUUUGACGAGGCCAUCACAGACCGUGUCGACGUUAUCUCUGUCUCGCUCGGCGACACCGGCUUGGCCGACAACUUUUACAGCGACACAACCGCGGUGGGGGCGUUCCGCGCCGUCAGCAAGGGCAUCGUCGUCUCCGCCUCAGCGGGAAACUCUGGCCCCGGGGACUCCACCGCCGUGAACAUCGCGCCGUGGUUCUUGACGGUGGGCGCGUCCACACUCAACCGCCGAUUCCCGGGCGACGUCGUUCUCGGCAACGGAGAGACCUUCACGGGCACUACUCUUUACGCCGGCGAGCCGCUCGGCGCGACCAAGUUACCAGUGGUCUAUGGAGGGGACGUGGGCUCCAAAGUGUGCGAAGAGGGGAAGCUGAAACCAGCCAAGGUAGCCGGGAAGAUUGUUUUCUGCGAACUGGGUGUAACGGCUCAAGCAGCGAAAGGACAAGCCGUCAAGCUCGCCGGUGGCGCCGGAGCAAUCCUCACCGGCGCCAAAGAAGACGGCGAGCAGGUCAUCACCAGCCCCCAUGUCCACCCCGCCACGGACGUCCCAUUUGCUGCCGCCGAGAAGAUUAAAAAGUACAUACGCACGCAAACUUCCCCUACGGCGACGAUCAUCUUCCGCGGCACCGUGGUCGGCUCGACGCCUCCUUCCCCUAGAAUGGCGUCUUUCUCGAGCCGCGGGCCGAACUUCCGCGCGCCGGAGAUCCUCAAGCCGGACGUGACCGCGCCUGGCGUGGACAUCCUCGCCGCUUGGACGGGCGCCAACUCGCCCUCCGAGCUCGACUUUGACACGAGGCGAGUGAACUACAACAUCAUAUCGGGCACGUCCAUGUCAUGCCCGCAUGUGAGCGGCAUCGUCGCGCUGCUCCGGCAGGCGAGGCCGGAGUGGAGCCCCGCCGCUAUCAAGUCCGCCCUGAUGACCACCGCGCGCAACAUGGACAACGCCGGCGGCGUGAUCGGAGACAUGUCCACCGGCGAGGCGUCCACGCCGUUCGCGCGCGGGGCCGGACACAUCAGCCCCAACAGCGCGGUCGACCCGGGCCUUGUGUACGACGCCGGCACGGAGGACUACAUCACCUUCCUGUGCGCACUCGGCUACACUGCCAAGCAGGUCGCCGUGUUCGGCUCGUCCACCAGCUGCUCGACGCGCGCGGGCUCCUCUGUGGGCGACCACAACUACCCAGCCUUCUCCGUGGUGAUCACCUCGAACAAAAAAAAGGCGGUCGUCACACAGCGCCGCGUUGUGCGCAACGUCGGCAGCGACGCCACGACGACGUACCGGGCCAAGAUCACCGCCCCGGACGGCGUGCUCGUGACGGUGAGCCCCGAGACAUUGCGGUUCAGUGCGACGCAGAAGACACAGGGGUAUGCGGUCACCUUCGCGCGGGAAAUCGGCGCGAGCGUCACGGAGAAGUACACGUUUGGGUCGAUCGAGUGGAGCGACGGCGAGCACACGGUGACGAGCCCCAUCGCCAUCACUUGGCCGACGAGCCAGGUCGCGGAGAUGUGA